GGAGUUGGGAAGGAAUCUGACUGCAGCGUCUGAGCCUCCCACUGAAACAUUUUUUCCCAGCACAGGAAUUUUCACAGCGCCACGUUACAGACGGGGACCUGAGACACAGAGAGACGCAGCAGGGUUGUCUGUGGCAGAGCUGGGAAUUGAAGCCAGCGCCCCUGGGGCCUAGUCCAGCGCUUUAACCGUCCUUCCUGGCGCGGUAAAUUAUGAGGCAGGUCGAAAGAGACUAGGGACCUGAUCCGAAGCCCAGUACGGCCUUUCGCUGACCUCUGUGGGCAUCAGAACCAAGCAGGCUCUGGAUUUGUGCUAAUGGAAAUCUCCCUGUGUGGGAAUUGGAAGUGGCUUGUAUUUACAUCACAGAGCCAUGUGGGUGAGGAGGCCCUAGCAGGAGUGGGGGAAGCAGAAUCUAGUCGCUGGCCAGCACAUCCCCUGCCACAGGCCAGGGGUCUGGUAGAAUCCCGCCGGAGCUUCAGCCCAUCUUCAGGCUCCCAUCCAGGCUCAUCUUCUCCUCUUGGCGCCAGCCCAGGGACCCUGUCAGAAGCACAUAAGGUGGAGAGACAACAGUCCCGCUGCUGAUUGGCCACAAGAUGACGGAAGAGAGGCCACAAGCAACUAGAGAUCCUAAACCUCCUCGUAACUACAGGGGAUGCACAGUCGCCCUCGCAGCCGUGUCCCUAGGUCUCCUCAUCAUUGUUAUUGUCCUGGCAGUGUUGCUGUCUAGGCGUCCUCCAGCUGCCCUGGGCCCCUGCUGCCCAGACGGCUGGGUUGGGUAUGGAGGGAAAUGCUACUAUUUCUCUGAGGCUGAAGAGAACUGGAACAACAGCCAGAGCAACUGCUCCUCCCUCGGUGCCUCCCUGACUGCGAUCGACACCCUGCAGGACCUGGAUUUCCUGCUGCGCUAUAAAGGCAAACCCCACCACUGGAUCGGCCUCCGGAGGGACCCGGGGAAGCCCUGGAAAUGGACCAACGGCACCGAAUUCAACAACCUGUUUCCGAUAACAGCAGAUGGGGACUGCGCGUAUCUGAAUGACGAGAAUAGGGUCAGCAGCUUGCGAUGCACCAGCGAGAGACACUGGAUCUGCAGCAAACCUGAUGCGUUUACAAAGGCAAAGGAGGUGGCAGUGGAAGGGGGCUCAUAACUAGAGUAUUAUUAAAAUUAGCCCUCAAAAAGCCUGUUCACUCCCUUCCAGGAGCUCAUUGGGUUGGAAGGGGCAGGGAGGGGGUAGGUGUGACACUGGCAGACCAGGUAUCAGCUCAUGCCAAAGUUCCCAUGUCUCAGUAGGACACUGACAAAUACUCAGCUGGGGUCAGGCUGGCUCACCUGUGUGUUAAAAUAGGUAUUAGCAUUAUAUUAGAAUGUGCUUAGACUUUAAUGCUGCAACAGCUCACAAGCAUUCACUAAUCUCACUUCUGACAGUCGCAUCCCACAUCGUAAGGUGAUAUUGGAGCAUUUGUGUUGGGAGCCUCUGUGACUGUGUAACUCACCAGACAGGAGAGUGAAUUAACUAGUGCGAAGUGCUGAACUCCCAACAGCUCAGAGCACAAAGGAGGAGGUGGGGUACAACAAGGGACUGUAUCUCUCUCGGUGCUGCUUGGACGCUGAGGGGCAAGGCUUUCGGAGUAUAUGCAAGAGAUCCCCAGCUGCUGAGCCUGGGUUAGCCCUAAAGGACACAGAGCUUAAUAUAGACCAGGGAUACUCAGACUGCAGCUCACAAAUGGUUCUUUGUGUCUCCUGUGCAGGGGCGGCUCUAGGCACCAGCAAAGCAAGCAGGGU